GUGGGUGCGAGCACGGGGGAGCCGUGCGCGCCGCCGCCAUGCGGGAGCGGAGGCCGGCACCGGCCGCACCGGCCCGGUGCAAGCUGGUGCUGGUGGGUGACGUGCAGUGCGGCAAGACGGCCAUGCUGCAAGUGCUGGCCAAGGAUUGCUACCCGGAGACGUACGUGCCCACCGUGUUUGAGAACUACACGGCGUGUCUGGCCAGCGAGGAGCAGCGGGUGGAACUGAGCCUCUGGGAUACCUCCGGUACCGGGGGGAGACGCGGGGUGCAUGUUUGGGGGGCUGGCGGAGGCUCCGGCUCUCCCUACUAUGACAACGUGCGGCCCCUGUGCUACAGCGACUCGGACGCCGUCCUGCUCUGCUUCGACGUCAGCCGGCCCGAGACCCUCGACAGCGCGGCCAAGAAGGGAGAGGCUUUUGGGAUCCCCCUGUCCCUGAGAGGUGCCCUGACCCCCUCAGUGGAAGACAGAAAUCCUGGAUUAUUGCCCCAACACGCGGGUGCUGCUCAUCGGCUGCAAGACGGACCUGAGGACAGACCUGAGCACGCUGCUGGAGCUCUCGCACCAGAAACAGGCACCCAUCUCCUACGAGCAGGGCUGUGCGGCCGCCCGGCAGCUGGGAGCCGAGGCUUACCUGGAGUGCUCGGCUUUCACCUCGGAGAAGAGCGUGCACAGCAUCUUCCGGACCGUGUCCGGCCUCUGCCUGAGCAGAGCCCCCCCGCAGCCGCCCCGCAGCCCCCCCCGCAGCCUCUCCAAGCGGCUCCUGCACCUCCCCAGCCGCUCCGAGCUCAUCUCCUCCACCUUCAAGAAGGAAAAAGCAAAAAGCUGCUCCGUCAUGUGAAGGGGGGAAGGGAACGACCCCCCCUUCCCCCCACUCCAUGUCACACACACCCAGCUUUGGGAGCCCCCCCGGAAUGGGGUGGGGGGGCUGGGCAGGGCUCGGGGGGUCCCCCCCAAUAAAGGGGUGAUGCCCUGGAAUGGCACCAUCGCCCUGCCAGCCCCACAGCCUGGGGGGCUGCCCCCGUGGGAGGGGGGUCUGGGGGGUGUUUUCACCCAGUUCCCAACCCUGAGGGGGUCCCUGGGGGGUUUGGGGCACACAGGACCCUGAGGACAUCAACACAGAGGGGUUUGGGGUGCUCAGACCCUCAAGGACAUCAACCCUGGGGGGUUUGGGGUGCACAGGACCCUGGGGACAUAGACCCUGUGGGGUUUGGGGUGCUCAGACCCUCAGGGAUGUCACCUGGGAUGGUCCCUGUGAGGUUUGGGGUGUACAGGACCCUGGGGACAUCAACCCAGGGGGGCUUGGGAUGCUCAGACCCUCAGAGAGAUCAACCCAGGGGGGUCCCUGUGAGGUUUGGGGUGUUCAGACCCUCAGGAACAUCACCUGGGGUGGUCCUUGUGGGGUUUGGGGCACACAGGACCCUGGGGACAUCAACCCUUGGGCGUCUGGGGUCACAAAACCCUGGGGGCAUCAAUCCAGAGGGGUCCCUGGAGGGUUUGGGGUGCUCAGACCCCCAGGAAUAUCAACCCCGGGGGGUUUGGGGUGCUCAGACCCCCAGGAAUAUCAACCCCGGGGGGU